GACUGAACAGAUGUCACAGGCUGAGAAGGAGCAUCAGGUUGGGGAGGAGGUGCACUCAGAGGAGGUGCAGCAGCAGAGCGAGGAGGAGGUGCAGAUUUUGAAGACGCUUUGGAGCAGAACUGCAACAGUCAGGUCCUGAUCCGGCUCCGAGGAAUGCAGAAAUAUAAAAGUGCUUCACAGAGGCUGAAGGGGGUCCUGGAGCAGAUGGACCAUGGCGUGGUCGAUCUGCAGGAACUCCGGAGGAACCUGGAGCUCGCUGCCGCCAUGUUGGACGCCGUUUACACCGACGAGACCAAGCGUCUGUUGGACACCGAGGACGAGCUCAGCGACCUGCAGGCGGAGUCGGUUCCCAGCGAGGUACGCGAUUGGCUGGCGUGUACAUUCAGCAGGAAGAUGGGUGUGGCCAAGCGGCGCCCUGAGGAGAAGCCGAGAUUCAGGAGCAUCGUCCACGCGGUGCAGGCUGGGAUAUUCGUAGAAAGGAUGUACAGACGGACGUCCAACAUGGCUGGACUCACCUACCCCCCCACGGCGCUGACCGCCCUGAAGGAAGUGGAUCAGUGGUCAUUCGAUGUUUUUUCCUUCCACACCGCCACCGGAGACCACGCCCUCAAGUUCUUAGUCUACGACCUUUUGACCCGCUAUGACCUCAUCGCCAGGUUCAGGAUCCCGGUCCAGGCUCUGGUUCAGUUCGUGGAAGCUCUGGAGGUCGGAUACAGCAAACACAGAAACCCCUACCACAACCUUAUCCACGCCGCCGACGUCACCCAGACCGCCCACUUCCUGAUGCUGCACACAGGCCUCAUGCACUGGCUCAGUGAACUGGAAAUCCUGGCCAUGGUUUUUGCUGCAGCAAUUCAUGACUUCGAACACACAGGGACCACCAACAACUUCCACAUCCACACCAGGUCGGAGGUGGCCAUCCUGUACAACGACAGGUCUGUGUUGGAGAACCACCACGUCAGCGCUGCCUACAGGCUGAUGGCGGAAGAGGACAUGAACAUCCUGGUCAACCUCAACAAGGACGACUGGAGGGAGCUGAGGGCUCUGGUGAUCGAGAUGGUGAUGUCAACAGACAUGUCCUGUCACUUCCAGCAGAUAAAGACCAUGAGGAACGCCCUGACGCAGACACACAGUUUGGACAAAGUGAAGGUUUUGUCUCUGAUGCUUCACGCCGCUGACAUCAGCCAUCCGGCCAAAGCCUGGCCUCUGCACUACCGCUGGACGCACAGUCUGAUGGAGGAGUUCUUCAGACAGGGAGAUAAAGAGGUGCAACUGGGCCUUCCUUUCUCUCCUCUCUGCGACCGAAAGGCCACCAUGAUUGCCCAAUCACAGAUAGGUUUCAUCGACUUCAUCGUGGAACCGACCUUCAGCGUCCUGAUCGACACCACGGAGAAGGUGAUUGGUCCUCUGAUAGAAGAGGACAGGAAGGCCCGGGAGACCGGAACCAGGAGGUCCAGUCUAACAGGAAGUGGAACCGUUACUGUGGAGUCGGUGCAGCGGCAUAGCAGCUGUCGCCAUGGAAAUGGGGAUGACGGACAGACGGACUUCUCACUGACGGCGAUCGACCUGCCGGCUCUGAGGCUCCACCUCUCUGGCGUCAUCGGCAGCAACAAGGACCGAUGGAAGGAGCUGUCAGUGCACGAGCUGGCCAAUAAGGAGCAAGAGGAGCAGCAGGGGGCGGAGUCUAAAGUCAGCCAAUCCCACGCUUCGCCAAGCCACAGCGUUCCAGAUGGAGACACUUCGGACCAAUCACACAGCGCAGAUGACUGCCCGCCCAACGAGUCACAUGACCAAGUGGCCGCAGAUCACCUGACCUGGAACGGGGAAGGGCCUGGCGGAGAGAAGGAGGGGGAAGAGGAAGAGGAGGAUGAGGCGUGUGAAAACGCCUGAGGAGUCUUAUUCCUGUACACUUUCCCUGGAUUGGACAGUGACAGAUCGCCAUGGCAACAGGCGGGGCGGUGCACAGACAUUGAGGUUGAGUUGAUUAAAGUGCCCUGGGUUUCCCCAUAAAGGGCCUCAUACCUUAUGUUUACAACUGAAACUCCAGACUGAUCACACACUCUUCAGACCACGGCUUCUUAGCAGCUUCACAACCCAAACCGGCAAAGAUUCAAUCGAAAAGAACUUGGAAUCAUGAAAAAAAAAGAAAGAA